AAACCAAGUGCUUGAAAUGUUUGAUCAUGCAUAUAGCAAUUAUAUGGAGCACGCGUAUCCAGCUGAUGAACUCAUGCCUUUAACUUGUCGUGGACGAGUACGGGGUCAGGAACCAAGUCGAGGAGAUGUGGAUGAUGCCUUGGGAAAAUUUUCACUGACCUUGAUUGAUACCUUGGACACUCUUGUGGUGUUAAAUAAAACCAAAGAGUUUGAAGAGGCUGUAAAAAAAGUAAUAAAGGAUGUUAAUUUAGAUAACGACAUAGUAGUAUCUGUCUUUGAAACCAACAUAAGAGUCCUUGGAGGUCUCCUAGGUGGGCAUUCAGUGGCAAUUAUGCUGAAAGAAAAAGGCGAAUAUAUGCAGUGGUACAAUGGUGAACUUCUGCACAUGGCAAAGGAAUUAGGCUACAAGCUUUUACCUGCUUUUAACACCACUAGUGGUCUCCCUUAUCCAAGAGUUAACUUAAAGUUUGGUGUAAGACAUCCAGAAGCACGAACAGGAACAGAAACUGAUACCUGUACAGCUUGUGCAGGUACCUUGAUCCUUGAGUUUGCAGCUUUAAGCCGAUUCACAGGAACAUCUAUAUUUGAGGAAUAUGCACGGAAAGCACUCGAUUUUAUUUGGGAAAAGAGACAGCGCAGCAGCAAUUUAGUGGGUGUUACUAUUAAUAUUCAUACUGGAGACUGGGUCCGCAAAGAUAGUGGAGUUGGAGCAGGAAUAGAUUCAUAUUAUGAAUAUUUAUUAAAAGCCUAUGUCUUGCUGGGAGAUGACAGUUUCCUAGAAAGAUUUAACACGCACUACGAUGCCAUAAUGAGAUACAUUAGCCAACCACCUCUUCUUCUUGAUGUUCAUAUUCAUAAACCAAUGCUAAAUGCUAGGACCUGGAUGGAUUCUUUGCUAGCUUUUUUCCCUGGAUUGCAGGUGUUGAAGGGUGAUAUCAGACCUGCUAUUGAAACUCAUGAGAUGCUGUAUCAGGUUAUAAAAAAGCAUAACUUUCUUCCCGAGGCAUUCACAACAGACUUUAGAGUUCACUGGGCUCAGCACCCUUUAAGGCCUGAAUUUGCUGAAAGCACUUACUUCUUGUAUAAGGCUACAGGGGACCCUUACUAUCUAGAGGUAGGAAAAACACUCAUUGAAAACUUGAACAAGUAUGCAAGAGUACCUUGUGGGUUUGCUGCAAUGAAGGAUGUUCGUACAGGAAGUCAUGAAGACAGAAUGGACUCUUUUUUUCUGGCUGAGAUGUUUAAAUAUCUUUACCUGCUGUUUGCUGAUAAGGAAGACAUGAUUUUUGACAUUGAAGAUUAUAUCUUCACUACAGAAGCUCAUCUGUUACCACUUUGGCUUUCCACUGCCAACCAAACCAUCUCUAAAAAAAAUACAACUACAGAAUACACGGAGCUGGAUGACAGCAACUUUGACUGGACCUGUCCAAACACCCAGAUUCUUUUCCCAAAUGACCCUAUGUUUGCUCAAAGUAUUCGUGAACCUUUGAAAAAUGUGGUGGAUAAGAGUUGUCCUCGGGGUAUUUCCAGAGUAGAGGAGAGUUUGGGAAGUGGACCGAAACCACCAUUGAGAGCCAGAGAUUUCAUGGCCAGUAAUCCUGAACACUUGGAGAUACUGAAGAAGAUGGGAGCAGCAAGUUCACUUGAUGCUGAAGAUGGCUUACGGUUCAUGCAGGAAAUGAUUGAACUCUCCAGUCAGCAACAGAAAGAGCAACAGCUACCUCCUCGUGCUGUUCAAAUUGUUUCCCACCCGUUCUUCGGCAGGGUGGUCUUGACUGCUGGGCCAGCGCAGUUUGGGAUGGACUUAUCCAAACACAAAGCAGGGACAAGAGGAUUUGUUGCGACCAUUAAGCCAUAUAAUGGAUGCUCAGAGAUCACUAAUCCUGAGGCAGUGAAAGAGAAAAUUGCUCUGAUGCAAAGAGGCCAGUGUAUGUUUGCUGAAAAGGCACGAAACAUUCAAAAAGCUGGAGCAAUAGGAGGCAUUGUUAUUGAUGACAACGAGGGUAGCAGUAGUGACACAGCUCCUCUCUUCCAAAUGGCCGGUGAUGGGAAGAAUACGGAUGAUAUCACGAUUCCCAUGCUCUUCCUCUUCAACAAGGAAGGAAACAUAAUAUUGGACGCAAUCCGGGAGUACGAGGCUGUAGAGGUGCUCCUUUCCGAUAAAGCAAAAGACAGAGCAACAAUCUUUAAAGACUUGGAAAUGGAGAAUAUGGACCAGAAGUUAUCUGAAAAUGAUUCACAUAACCAGAAUUCAGAAGAAGCUACUUCAGCACCUCAGGACAUUGGUACAGUCAGCAUGGAGCCUGAAGGAGGAGCAAGCUCGGAUGUUACUGACCCUGACUCUUUAUCUCCUGCUCACGCAGACAGUGACGGUGUUUCCAUUUCAAAUCAGGAUUCCUCCGUCCCUGGAACUGAUGAGGCAGGUGCUCCUGAGCUGGCAUGUACGCAAGGGGGUAACCAGCCUCAGGAACAAAAGGCUGAGACAGAGUCAAAUUCCAGAGUUAACUGGGAUAGUAAAGUCCAGCCUAUGGAAUCCAUAUUAGCAGACUGGAAUGAAGAUAUAGAAGCAUUUGAAAUGAUGGAAAAGGAUGAGCUAUGA